GCAGCGAAAGUCACAAAGACGUCUGUGAGCACCGCAACUGUCGCAUGGCACGCACACGCUUAGCUCGCCACUGGGUUAGGGAGGCGCGAAAUCGAUCAGCAGAGAGUCCAGCUCCGCAUGCACAGCGCUGACGUGUUCAGAGUUGUGUUUCCUCGAGAGCUGUAGUGUCUGGGAGUUUGGUUGCCUCAUCGGCCAAUCUCUCCGCUUUGUCGGUUCGUGCGUCCGUCACCACGAGUCGCCCGUGAGGACUGCCCGGCGGCCCUCUGCAGCGCUUUCCUCUCUCCGGCGGCUCGGCCCUUUCACAUCACACACACACUCUUAGCUAGUACUAUCGGCGUGAUACAGUAUGAUGUCUUCGUUGGGGUUCGUCGACGGCAGCGGUGCCGUCGAGGGCUCAGAGGGUCGUGAUGGCCACCAGGCGGCCCAAGACAAACCAAUCAAAGUAAGUACGCAAUAUGUGCACUGGGUGGGUUUAGAACAGAGAGACGACGGGGCGUGGGUGGGAAAUGGCAGCCCUGCCAGCGGAUGGGAUGGACGACGGGUGACUGACGUCUCUCUCUCUGUCUACGUGUGUGUGUUUGGCGUGCACAUUGCAGAAGUACGGCUCGUUUGACGACCUGCUCGGCAGCGGUGGCCUUGAAGUGGUCGAGGAGGCGGGCCGGGGCGGGUGAGCGAAGCCGUUCACAUACACAGACAGACGGACAGAGGGACGGAGGGAGGGAUUGCACCGAUUAAUUCACUGCAUUCACUGCUCGUGAGGCUCACGAGUGAAUGUGUGUGUGUCGUGUGUCGUGUGUGUGGGGGUGGGAUGGGGUGUUGAGUUCAGGAAUGGGUACGUGUUCAAGGUGGAGGUAACUUGGAUGCCGGACACUUUCUUCGGUAUCAAGGCCAUCCCGCGCAACUACUUCAAGUGAGCAGAGCACCUGACCUGCGCCGUACGCACAGCGCAGUGCAAAGGGCCGACCCGCCCCGACGACCUGCAGGCAGGCAGGCCACUGACUGAUUCUCUGUCUCUGUGAUGUGUGUCUUGGUUGCUGCGUCGUGUCAUCGCUUUGAUUGGUGCGCCCGGUCAGCUUGGAGUCGUCCAUGUGCAGCGAGAGUGAGUUCGUGGACAAGCACCGGCGGCUGUCGACCCGCUUCAAGAGGCUGGGCAACGUCUGCAUGACCCACGACAUCUCCAUGGACGACGAGUACUUCUACAUCAGGAUGCAGUGGAUGGACGGCGGCAACUGCGAGCUGCCACACAGACGCUCGGAGGACGACGCGCGACACAUCGCCAAAGGCGCGCUCGAGGGACUCGCCAACCUGCACCAACACGACGUAAAGCAUGCCAUGUCACACACGGAUGGAUGUGAUGUGAUGUGAUGUGUGUAGAUCACCCACUGUGACGUGUCCCUCCGCAACAUCAUGCUCAAGAGGAAUCGGGCCAGCCUCGUGGACUUGGACGCCGCGCUGCUGCCGGGGAUGCGCAGACACACGGCCGUCUGGGGCACACUCAACUACACCGUAUGCCACCCAGCCAACCACCAAACGCACACACAUACACAUAUGAAUGACAUGGAUGGGAUGGCCCGUGUGUGUGGCUGUCUGUCUGUGCGUGCAAUCACAUAGGCACCAGCGCUACGACUACGGAGCUGCGAGUGACCUCUGGUCGAUGGGCGUCGCCAUGUGAGCACACAAACAGACCACCACUGCACGCAUUUGUCUCAUUCAGUGCUCACCACUCGCCUCACGCCCUCUCUUUUGUGGAUCGGUCAGCUACGUGAUGCUGACUGGCUUUUACCCCUGGGUGUGUGACGACCUGGAGCCGCGGACGGUUAAGAACGCCCUGAGAGCAAUGAAGCGGGUCAGUACGGCCGACAGAUAGCGAUGGAAUGAACGGCGCACACAUGCCAUGUGUGUGCAGGGUGUUCAGUUUCCCUACGCUGGCGUCUCCGACGAGGCCGUCGACCUGGUCCGCCGCCUGCUGACCUUUGACAAACACAAACGCAUCGCCUCGGGUGCGGUGUGCAUUGUGUGAAGUGUUUUCCAUCCGCAGUGCGUGUGUGCACAUGUCUGUGUGUGUGUGUUGUCUUGUGUUGUCUUGCCGCAGCUGCCGAGGCCUUGUCGCAUCCGUGGCUCCAGGAGGCAGUGCAAGCCUCGCCCACACAGGUCGAGCAGCAGCAGGAGCAGCCGCCCGACACGCACAAUGUCGGCAGCGAGACCGACGAGACGGCCCAGCUCGGCCCCGCCCCCAGUCAGCCGGCCCGUCCUGACGCCCAUCCCCCCUCCCGCCAUGAGCAUGUCGCGAACCGUCCGGCCGCCGGCUGUCGGGUGCGUCCCUCCGGCCAGACCAUCUGGGUGCCCAAGGCCACACACACAGACCAACCAGCGGCCAGAGGACCACACAAGACGCCACGCAGGCGGGCUGGCAGACGUCACCCACAGCAGCAGCCACUGGCACAGAGGCGGUGGCAGCCCGUUAGGCAGGGAGGAGUGGCUGGCCCAGGGGAAUCCGUUGAUGCGCUCGAUCUGUCACUCUGUUGAUGGCGGGGUGCCGCAGUGAUGCGUGCAGCGACUGCAUGAUACUGUGUAUAGAAACACAUGGUACGUACGUGUAUAUAAUGCAUACACACAUAUAUAUUUGUGAGUGAGUGGCCCUGCCUGACUGUCUGUCUGUCUGUCUGUCUGUGAGUGUGUGAGUGAGUGCAUUGAUUGGUGUGGGCCAUGAGUAAGCGAUUCAAUCGGCCGGCCAGCCAGGCCAGCCGUGCGUUGCAGACAAAGGAUGGAUGGGUGCUAUACGUGGUGAUGGGUGGAGGGAUGGAAUAUUGAUGACAGACAUCGAUAUCCAUGACGUCUGCACAUUCCCUCGUCCGCAGAGACGGACGGACUCUUCACACGGUGAACUCAAGUCAUUCGAGUCAGCCGAGCCAUCAACAUGACGCACACGGGCAUGAAGUAUUCGGCUGCAGUCCCGAUACUAUGCGUCACGCUUGCCAGCCCGCCCUCAUGCCAGCUUGAAUACCUCCAGCUCAUCGAUGGCAAAGUGCCAUCCCUUCACAG